AAGCAAUAAAAGAUAAAGUUCAAUUAAAAAUCAUGGUUCGAAGGUGUUGUGUCGACAACUGUAUUGAAUCUGAUCUUACAAUAUUAGCACAUCGAUUCCCAAAAGGAGAACAAAUUGCUAUUCAAUGGCAAAACAUAUUAAAUUUAAAUAAUAUUGGAUUAGAAUCAUUAAAACAGAAUUAUGUUGUCUGUACAAAGCAUUUCAGCUCUAAAGCAUACAGGAAUGCAAUCUCAAAUAGCUUAAAUUCGACAGCAUUACCAAGUCUGGAUGUUCAUAAAGAUAAUGAAAGAAUAAAAUCGACAAGAAUUAAGGAUAAAAGUAAAAAUGUUCCAUUGAGAUGCCACAAGUCACCAAACUCACUCAAAAGGCAGUCAUCACUAGUUUACACAGUUCAAAGUAUUGAAACAUCACCAGCCAAGAGAGCAAAGAUUGAUUUGGAAGUUUUAUCAAUAGAUCCAGAGGUAAAAUUGGACGAAAUUGAAGAUCCAGUAGCAUUAUUAGAUAUAGAAGAGAAAUUAGAACCAAUACAAAUUGAAGAGAGCUACAUUGACUAUGAGAUUUAUGACAGAAGUGAAGUCAACGAACAAAUUAUUCCUUUGCCUGAUCAAGUAUCGAUAAGUGUCCAAACAGAAGCUUCACAAAUUGACCAACAAAUUCAGACAGAAACUGCACAAAUUGACAAAAAGAUUCAAACAGAAACAACUCAAUCUGACCAACAAGUUCAAACAGACAAGAUUGAGGAACCACUCAAGCAAGCUUCACCCACAAUCGACUCAAAAGAUGACAAAUUAAUCAACUUACUGUACCCAGAAUUCAACGGAAAGAGCAAGAUUGAGCUCAUUAAAAUGAUCAUUGAAAGAAACCAAAAAGUCAAGUCACUGGAAGAAGAGAAGCAAAUGCUCGAGGAAGCAAUGCGAAAGCUCUUAUGAACACAUACAUAACAUGUGAUAUUAAGCUAUAAAAAAAUUGUUUGUAUGUUUUAGAAAUAAAAUACGUGAAGUACCUACUACAAGUGCAUAGCUGCACACUUAUACAGUC